AUGCUCCUGGAAGCCGAUCCAGGCCUUCCCAAAACCAAUGCAACAGAGUCAUAUUGGCUUCAUAUCAAACAUCACCUAGCAUCUGUCCAGACAGAUGUCCUGCCAGAAAUGACUGACAUCGCUGUGAUUGGCUCCGGAAUAACUGGAACAAGCGUGACAAAGUCCCUGCUCCAGAGCACUAUCAACUCCUCGGAAAGGAUUACCGUUUUUGAAGCGCGAACACUAUGCUCCGGCGCGACUGGCCGGAAUGGCGGGAACCUAUUAACCUAUGGUGGUCUCGGCUACGAGGAGAUCAAGUCUGUGCAUGGCAGAGACGUGGCCCUGAAAUUAAUUGACUUCACUUUUGGCACCAUAAAGGCGACGAAGAAGGCUGUGGAGGAGUAUGCGGCUGAAGAAUCACAAUUGCGUGCUGUGACACGGAUUCACACGUUUAGGGACCAGGGCUUAUUUGAGGCUGCACAGCGAAGUGUGUCCGAGUUCCAGAAAGAUAAGCCGGAGUAUAUGGGGACUUACACGGUUAUAUCAGGGCAAGAGGCAUUGAAGGACUAUGAUAUUCACGGCGUGGUCGGAGCUAUUCUAUAUUCAGGGUACUCUCUUUGGCCGUACAGAUUCAUCGCAUGUGUCUGGGAAGCCCUCCUGAAAGAGUAUUCACCUAGAUUGACAGUUGAAACACAUACGCCUGUUUUAGAGAUCACACACGAUCCUAGCUUCUCAGCAUCUCACCCAUAUACUCUCCAUACCCCCCGUGGUAAAGUGCAAGCGUCAAAAAUCAUCCACUGUACAAAUGGCUACUCCAGUCACCUCCUCCCGCCACUUCGGGGCCUUGUUUUUCCAUAUCUUGAAACCAUGACCGUCCAAGAUCUCCACGUAGCUCGUCGCGAGCUCUGCUGCUGGGCAACCAUCCAAGCCCCCACGCAGGAUUCUCAAUCAGGAGCCAAAACAUCACAACUCUGCUAUCUGCAGCAAAAUCUCGAGUCCGGAUAUUACUUUUUUGGCGGGAGUUAUAUGACCGCAGCGGAAACCCUUACCUCAAACGACGCCAUCAAUAACUCGCGAUCAACUGCUUACCUCCAAGAACAAUUGCAUGAGUUUCUUGGCGUAAAGCCGGGAACCGGAGAUUUGGUGAGUGAGUGGACAGGUGUGCAGGGGAUGACGUCGGAUCAUAUGCCUCUUGUUGGAAAACUCCCACGCAAGUUAACCAGCCGGAACGGAGAUGGAGAAUGGAUAGCAGCUGGGUACAACGGCGGAGGCAUGUGUAUGUGUUGGCGCGUGGGUGAGGCGGUGGCGAUGAUGGUCAAUGGCAACGAUCCGCCACAGUGGCUUCCUGAGCCUUUCCUGAUCUCCCAACAGAGGCUAGAAAAUGCGCUGAAAGUGGAGAACUCUCUUCUCGUUGCGAGCCGUCUUCUCCCUGAGCAGGUUGAUAGUGAAGAAUGA